CCCGUAGUUCGUUUAUCAACCAUUCAAGAUGGCGGCCACUUAGCUCCUUUGAACGAGGACAACGCCAUCGGAUUAAUUUUAGUGUCUUUCUUUUGGUCAGAACCCUUUCUUGACGAGUUGGAGUACUGAUGUCGAAUGGGAGAUAUGUUCAUUUUUCUAUUCUGUACAUAAACUGACGAUUUAUUUUAUCAAGUGGAAUGUCUGUAAAUUCCAUGUGUUCGAACCAGUAUAUCCAUGCAGUUUUCAGUCAGCACGUAGGUUUGACGUGAUCACUCAUUUUGGCGAUUAUCGGCAUCUGGGGAAACUUUCACAAACGAUGGCAGACACUCGCAGAAGAGUCAAACUCUAUAUGUUAAAUGAGGACCGACAAUGGGACGACAGAGGAACGGGUCAUGUCUCGUCGGCUUAUGUUGAGCGGUUGCGAGGAAUGUCGUUGUUGGUGAGAUCAGAAACUGACGGUUCAAUUCUCUUGGAAUCAAAAAUUCAACCAGACACAGCAUACCAGAAGCAACAGGAAACUCUGAUCGUGUGGUCAGAAGCUGACAAUUAUGACCUUGCAUUAAGUUUUCAGGAGAAAGCCGGCUGUGAUGAAAUAUGGGAGAAGAUUUGUCAGGUUCAGGGCAAAGAUCCAUCUGUAGACAUAACUCAGGAUGUUGUAGAGGAGUCGGAGGAUGAGCGUUUUGAUGAUAUGCCAGAUGCUGCUCCUCCUAUUGAACUCCCACCUUGUGAACUUAGCAAGCUUGAAGAAAUUUCUGAGCUGUUUGCAAGUGUUAUACCAUCCCCUAUUCGUCGUGAAAAGCUGUCUGUCGCCAUUGAAAACGAAGUCUACAUAAAGAAACUUAUUGACCUGUUUCACAUGUGUGAAGAUUUAGAAAACAUUGAAGGGCUGCACCAUUUGUUUGAAAUUUUUAAGAAUAUAUUCAUGUUGAACAAGAAUGCUCUGUUUGAAAUCAUGUUCUCGGAUGAUGUGAUUUUUGACAUUGUGGGCAUUCUGGAGUAUGAUCCUGCGCUGUCCCUACCUGCCAAACAUAGGGAUUACCUGCGGAAUCAGGCAAAGUUCAAAGAGGUGGUCCCAAUGACAAACUUUGAGCUGGAGAACAAAAUUCACCAGACUUACAGAGUGCAGUACAUUCAGGAUGUGAUACUCCCCACUCCAUCUGUUUUUGAAGAAAACAUGUUGUCAUCACUGAAUUCAUUUAUAUUUUUCAACAAAGUGGAAAUAGUCAGUAUGAUUCAGGAGGAUGUCAAGUUUUUGACAACACUGUUCGCUCAGCUAACCGAUGAUGAAACAGAUGAUGAGCAUCGAAGAGAUCUUGUCAUGUUCCUUAAAGAAUUUUGCACUUUUUCACAAACUUUGCAACCGCCUAGUAGAGAGACAUUUUUCAAGACUUUAUCAAAUCUGGGAAUUUUGUCCACAAUUGAAAUCAUACUGGGUUUGGACGAUGAGAAGAUGAAGGCUGCAGCAAUUGACAUAUUUUCAUACAUUGUGGAAUUUAGUCCGUCCAUGGUGCGAGAAUUCAUUGUGCAAGAAACCCAGAAUCAAGAUGAUGAUGACAUCUUGAUCAACCUAGUCAUAGAACAGAUGAUUAACGACACAGAUCCAGAAUUGGGAGGGGCUAUGCAGUUGAUGGGCAUUCUUCGCUUGCUGUUGGAUCCAGAAAACAUGCUGGCAACUGCAAACAAAACAGAAAAAACAGAGUUUCUGAGUUUUUUCUACAAACACAGCAUGCAUGUUUUAACGGCUCCUCUUUUUGCAAAUACAGCAGAUGAAAAACCAAGCAGGGAUGAUUAUCAGACUGCACAGCUUCUCAGCUUGAUUCUUGAGCUGCUUUCCUUCUGUGUGGAACAUCACACAUACCACAUCAAGAACUACAUAAUCAGCAAGGAUCUUCUCCGUCGAGUACUUGUGCUGCUGAGCUCCAGACACUCCUUCCUCGUCCUAUGUGCCUUACGUUUUAUGAGGAAGAUUGUGGGGCUAAAGGAGGAGUUUUAUAAUCGUUAUAUUAUCAAGGGAAACCUGUUCAAACCAAUCAUCAAUCUUCUGCUUCGCAAUGGAGACAGGUAUAACCUGUUGAACUCUGCACUGAUUGAACUCUUUGAGUUUAUUCGAGUGGAGGACAUCAAAACAUUGACUACACAUGUAGUGGAAAGUUUUGCUAAGGAAUUGGAGGGAGUCAAAUAUGUCAAAACAUUUGAAACUCUUAAACUGCGAUACGAGCAGCAGCAAGACAGACUCAAGGACAGACUUAGCAUUGAAGGAAGACAUGCACCAUCUCUAGUUCGCAACAAUCGAUUUAGAAAGGAUCCUCGAGCAGUAGAGGAAGAUGAGGAGAUGUGGUUUGACCAAGAUGAUGAGUCAGAGGACUGGGAGUCAACUCAGCCAAUGUCAGACCUGCUGAAACAUAAACUAGAAGCUGAUUUGGACAACAUUCAAAAAAUAUGGGAGCAUAAAAAAGCUAAAGAGCAGGGGGAGAUGAGAGAUUCACCACGUUUGUUUCACAAGUCAGGGACCAUAAGCAUCAACCUGAAAGCAGGUGGCAACAGCCCCCUUUCCACUCUGCUGGGCACACCCACAAAUCCAGGAAGCCCUGGUAGUCCUGCUAGCCCAGGCAGUCCUGGCAGCCCUGGCAGCCCUGACUCGCCUUCUAGUCCUGGGCGGCUGUGUCCAACACCACAUACCUCACCCAACAGCAGUGCCCCCAAAGCCAUUGAAAAGACCAAUGCAGUCACCAAGAAACCCGGACUGAGGGGUCUUGUGGACUACCCAGAUGAAGAUUCUGAUGAAGAGGAAGAAGAGGAGGAGGAGGAAGUGGUAGCGCCCUCACCAAAGCGCCCAAGAUAGGGACAUAAUGCAAGGUCCAUCUGCUCAAACUCAAAGAAAUUGGUGAAGCAAUGCAGUACCUUUCUCAAGGAUGUUGAAGUGCAGUGAUAAGUGCCAUGGUAAUCUGCCCUAUCUUGGUUUAGUCCACACCUUAACCAUUCCACAAAAACACAGUUAUGGCAGAAUAGGAUUACAGUGGCAAGAAAAAUCUGGCAGAGAAAGUGGAGUGACAGAUUUAUGGGAAGAACUAUUCUGGAACACUCCUGAGUUGUAACAUUUUUAUGACUUAUCAUCAGUAGGAGAAAGUAUGUCAGGGUUUUGCUGUAUAGACACAUUCAUAAUCUACUGCUGUAGUAGAUGGUUUUACACAUUUCUCUUUAUCUCUUUCCAUCUCAUACCACUUCCUCAAUAUCUUUUUUCCCUUGAGCUAUCAUUUUUAUAUGUUUAGAAGUGAUGACAAAUAUUUUCAUGAAACCAGAAAAUCAGGAAAAAGCCCUCCUAUCUAACAGCUACAAAACAGUUAAUGCCUCUUGUUUAGAUUCCAUGGUUCUUCUGUAAUGGAAGCUUAUUUAAAAUUCUCUCAGUUUUGAACAUGCCCUAGUCUUCAGUUAUUGCUUAGCAUGAACACUGGCCUCUUUCAUGAAUUCAGCCUCAUAAAGCAAUGUUUACAUCAGAAACAAGUCCUUGUCAGGUUUGCUCUUUGUGUUUUAAAACCUUGCUGCUUUUGCAGUGUCACAGAUCCCACAGAAGUAAAUGGUAUGUGGUUAGCAUAUCUAGUUAGGAUUGAAAGUUAAAAGAGAUUGCUUCAGCCAUACUGGAUUUUAUGUACACUAAAUGUGAAUAAAAAGCUUCCAUUUGGCUGAUGUGUGUACUUUAAAGGAAACUUGGUGCUGUUAAGACUAUUUUUCAUAAGUGGAUUUAGAACAAAAUAAGAGCCUAAUUGAGGUUUGUCUUGUGGAUUGUACAAAAAUAUAAUUUUUUUUGGGGGGGGGGGGAUUGGGCAAUACAAAAAGUUCAGUGCUUUUAUGGAAGUUGUGAAAGAUGUGAAAACCAGUCCCCUCCCCACAACUCAAAACCCCUGCACCACCAUCAGUCUUCCCCCCUCCCUCCAACACAACAGCACCCCAAGCUUAAAAUUGUGCUACACUUAAAUCUUUGUGAAGAAGCUCAAGACACUGCCAAACCAAAUACAGAGUUCAGGGCAAAAGCCACAUACCUGUUAUUGAUUUUUAGUUUUAAUAUCAUUGGCAAAAUUUUCUGUAGAUGGAAUGCAAGGAUAAUUUUAACCUUGAAAAUAACUGAAACUUAAAAUCUGCACUGAAAAUGUUACUUCAACUUUGUCUAGCAGCAAAAAGAUCAUCUUUCAAUAUGCUAAAAUUUGAGACCAGCAUUUAUGUGUAGUUUUGUGAUCAUACCAUAAUUAUAACAUUUCAUAACUGUUCUCCAAGAAUAUUAGUGUUCAAGAAUCUCAGUCAAAGGAUAUGCCAUUGCAAUUCAUUUAUUUUAGUAACAAUAAUUAAAACUUAGUGCUCAUUUCAGUCAGCAGGAUCAUAAGAGGUUGUAUUUGUAUAUUGAUAUUGCCUUGACAAUUAAAAGAUAUCUAAAUGUGUAAAGUUUCAUGAAACUUGUCAUCAGCUUUAUAGAUAUCAGAGGGUCUUCUUCCAAAGUGCAGUAGUUAGGAAGGGAAUUAUCAGUAAAACUAGAUACGUCUACAAAACUGCAUCUUAAAAAUGAAACCGUUUACAAGUCGAGCCAAAAUAAUUUUAUGGUAGAUUAUUUUCGUGAUUAAAAUAAAGAUCACAGUUAAAAUACUUAUUGCAUUUACCUAUUAUUUUGUUUGGUCCACACAGAUGGUCACGAAAUAAGUCCUUUUGCUGUGUAUCUUGUCAGAAAUUUUUGUUGUCUUGUUUGCUUAGCAUUAUGUUUAGUAACAGUAUUAAAUGUCUUUGCUCUAAGGAAGUUAUAACUUCAAGGAUACCAAGAAUGAAUUAUAGCCAAAGAAAGGGGAGGGGGGAUAAUCUGUAGGAAAUUAAGGUGAAAAUAACACAAAUGUGACAGCUGUUUCUUGAAUGCUUGAAAUGUUAUAAAUUUUGACUGCCGGCCUGUCCAAUGAAAUUUUAAACCUUUGAAACCCCACUUACAGAAUGUGUGCUUCAUUUGCCUAUUCUUCUGCCUUGUGCUGACACAAAAUAAGAGCAAGUGAAACCUGCCUGUAGUUGUCUUUAGGUUGUGCAUGCAGUCAACUCUAAGAAAAAACUGGCUACUAAUUGCAUUGAUGAAUGAAAGCAACAGUUCUAGCAUGUUUCUCUUUUACAUGCACACAUUUGAUGCAUGUAAAUGCAUUUUUUUUUUAUCUGUGGCAAGGUGAAUAUUUCUUGUACCUGGAUUGUGGAUGAUGGUAGAAGACAAAUGUCAGCAUGGAAGAAGCUGCUUUCUGUUAUUAUCAAAGAAAAAGUUCUUGUUUUCAGCACUAUACAUUUUCCGUGUCCAUCAAAGUCAUAUUGACUUGUUUCCACCAAGCAGUUGUGUGAACAGUCUGUGCAUAGAUAUAUAUAUGCAUAGGUCCUUGCCAAAUUGUCAAUAAACAGUGUCUGGUGUCAGCUAUUUGUAGUCUUGUGUGUGCAGAACAGUGAAGGACCCAUUGGGUUUAGAUAAUAGAGAACAUUUGUGUUUACAAAAUAUAACUGGAAAAUGUCAGAUCACUCAAGGAUUAUGUUUUCAGACCAAAUUUCUGAAGUGGGAUCAAAACUGCAUGUCAGUAUGUGAUUAGCUAUGUCAGAUGCCUUCUUUAGGUUGUGUUUAAGUAAAUGUCCAAAAACUGUGUCCAUUGUGGUUUUUAUGAAUAGAUAAAAUUCUUUGCACAGGAUUAGUUACUUUUUAUCUUCCAGGGAUUGUUUUGUAUCCAUUACACAGCAAAGUCUGUUUUGUGGACGGCUUAAGUUUACACAGAGUAGUCCUCAGAAAUGUCCUUUAUUUUGUGAUGUUCACCUUUCUGUGGUUGUGCAAAGACAUGACUGAAAAUUUGUAGAAGUCUAUACUUCAGGGGAAAUGCAUCCAGGUGAUGAGAUAUAAGAAAGAACAAGCAAAAUGUAUAUUAUUUGUAUUAGAAAUAAUAAGAAGACAGGAGAUUGUUGAGAAAGCUGCUUCCUGCUCUGGCCCUCAUAAAACAGAUUUGCUGCUGUUCAGUUUGAUCUGCUUUUUUUAUAUUCUAGAGUUAGUUCAUUAAGGUUGCCACACACCUGCCAUCUUCUAAAGUAUCCAAAAAUGCCAGCUUAGUAUCCUAAUUUUCUUUUUUACUUUAUAAGACAGCCACUUUUAUGACAUUGGUUUGGUGGAUGGCAAAAACUGUUGUGUUUAUGGGAAAGACUUGUGGCUGACCCAAAUUGUGAACGCACAAGAGAAACUGUACAAGAGUGGAUUCUCCCUGACCCUCCCUUCCCCUUCACCUUCCCAAAUUCCUUUUUUGCUCUUGCCAAGGGUUCUGAUGUAUCAUGAUUCCAUAAAUUGUUUCUUGACUUCAGAGGGUGGUGUGGUGAUAGUGGUUCCCAUGUGCAGCAUUUCUUAUAGACUUUGUGCCAGGUGCACAUGUAAGGUCAGGUUUGAAGUAGUGGCAGGUAUUUUUUGUUAAAAUGCAUUUGCACCAUACAGUUACUUCCUCAUUUCAUCAAAAAAUCGAUCUCUUAUCUGUUGUGACUAAAGCAUUAGAUGAUGAUCAUUUUGUACAUGUGUAUCAGCAUCAUCCUAAGCAUUUUAUAUUUUUCCUGAAGAUUCAGAUCUUGAGUAAUGUAUAAAGAAUCAUCUCCAGUGACUACGGCAACAGUACGACCAUUAGCAGUCAGUUCUUGUCCAGCAGAGACAUAAUCUACCGCCAUCUUCCAUUUCAAAAGAAUGUGUACUUACCGAACACCCCAAUGGCAGCUUUGGUUUCAGUGAAGGGAGUUGGGUUUACAGACUGGAGCCUUCCAAUGUUAGCAGAUUGGGAAUGCUGUAUAUAUGUAUAUUUUUGUGUCAUUUUGAAGAAAUGCCAUGUUAAAACUAUUGAAGCAUGGUUGAAUGCAUUUAAAAUGACAUUGUGGUUUUUAUUUUUUAAAAAAAGUGACUGUGCUAGAAAAUAUAGGGUUGAAGGCAACAAGGAGGACAACAAUAACAAAAAAGUGUCACAAAGAGAAGCUAGGCUCGACUUGUAGCAAGGAAAUUUUUAUCAUAUCCCUUAACAUGUUCAAAAAUAAAUGCCAUGCUGAAAGU